AUGUCAUGUUGGAAUCUUCGCCUGUGGAAAAGUGCGGAGCGGCGAAAGAUGUUCAUCGCUAUUGAAACCGAACUAAGCUGCUACGUGCCAAGUGCCUCUGCUGCUCAAACCCCGGGCUAUGGGGCCCUGGACUGUCUCUUCUGCACACGCCUUUACCAUCAUGCCUAUGAACAACUAAUGACAGGAGUUUGUUAUAUAGGGCAGUCAGCGCUGACCACGUGCCCUGAAGGUCUCAUUGAAAUCUCCACCGUGGAGAGAGGUGUAAUAACUCUUUUUGGUGUCACGAGUCAACAGUUUGUCGCAAUGAACAGCAAAGGAAGGUUAUAUGGCAAGAAGUCCUUUGGAGAUGAGUGCAAGUUUAGGGAGACUUUGCUUCCCAACAACUACAACGCCUAUGAGUCUUUUGUUUACAAGGGCUUCUACAUCGCUCUCAGCAAGCAUGGCCGUGUAAAGAGGGGCAACAAGGCCACCACCGCCAUGACGGUUACCCAUUUCCUUCCAAGACUUUGA